AACAGACAGGAAGGGAAGGAGCCCUGAUCACUUGGUAUGUAAGAGGUUAAGUCCUCAGUCAUCCUAUUCUGAAGUGAUUUAUGAUGAUGUGUAGUGUUUCAAAACUUUCCCCCAGACCAAAGUACAGCCCUCUCCCUCCUCACGGAGUCCACUCUGGAUGUGCUGAAAUGGGAAGGAGGCGUGUUUUGCUGAUCUGUUAAAUUCUUACUGAAGUUUCCUUGAUUUCCAGUGGCUGCUGUUGUUCGAGUUUGGUUUGGAGCAAACCUGAGGUAGCCCUGACAAUUUGGGGACUGAAUCCAGAGAAAAGGAAGAAGAAAAAGAAGAAAGAAAGAGGAAGAAGAAAAAAGUGGGGAGAAAUAAAGAGAGGAGAGAAGUGAAGGGGAAAAGGGGAAAAGUCUUUUUUUAACACCACAUUCCUGUGUUUUCUCUCAGCCUGGAAAACAUAUUAAUCCCAGUGCUUUUACAUCCGGAAACAAAGGGACUAAGCCAGACUGCGGGUGAAAGGGUGAUAAGAAGGCUCCUGGAACUUUAAAAAGGGAAUGAGCGAGAUUCAGAAAACACAGGACUCUACUUUAAAGGACGUCCCUGUUGCUGCAAGGGACUGACACACAAGACCAAGGAGAAACUGCAGACAAAUGGAGAUACAAAGACUUACAAGGACAGCUCCUUUCACCUCAUCCCACUUGUCCAGAAGGUAAAAAGACAUAGCCUGAAAAAAAGGAGUCGGCUCAGCUCUCAGACCAGGACAGGCUGUGAUCCGUGGGGGCUACUUUGCAAGCUGGGGCUGCAGCGCACGCCUUUUGUAUUGCUCACCCUUGAGGAGGAGAGAGGGCUGGGAGAAAAGGAUUUCAUCUAGGAACUGUCCUGGGGACCAAACUUCAGAUUUCUUUUGAAACCCUCUGCAUUCCAUCUCUAUGAGCCUCAAUUGGAUUACACAAUGAUGUGGAGAAUGGGACCCUGUUUCACCAUGCUGCUGGCAAUGUGGCUGGUGUGUAGGUCAGAGCCUCAGCCCCCUGUCACGAAUAGAAGGAACCAUGAAAUUCAGAAAGUUUCUCCAGUCAGCAGGAGGCCAGCUCGGUUUCUGAGACACACGGGGCGAUCUAGUGGGACUGAGAGAUCCACUCUGGAACAGCCAAUCCUUCAGCCUCUUCAAAGGAGGAAUGUGCCAGUGUUGAGACUAGCUCGCCCAACAGUGCGAUCAACUCCCUUGGGCAUCAAUGGAGGCCCUGUGAGACCUGAGCUGAAACCCACAGCCAGGACCUCCCCCCGUGAGAUGGUCCGAGAUGAGGGAUCCUCUGUUCGGUCAAGAAUGUUGCGUUUCCCUUCGGGGUCCAGCUCUCCCAACAUCCUUGCCAGCUUUGCAGGGAAGAACAGGGUGUGGGUCAUCUCUGCCCCUCAUGCCUCGGAAGGCUACUACCGGCUCAUGAUGAGCCUCCUGAAGGAUGAUGUAUAUUGUGAACUGGCAGAAAGACACAUCCAGCAGAUUGUGCUGUUCCACCAGGCAGGCGAGGAAGGGGGCAAGGUACGAAGGAUCACCAGUGAGGGCCAGAUUCUAGAGCAGUCCCUGGACCCCAGCCUCAUCCCAAAGCUGAUGAGCUUCCUGAAGCUGGAGAAGGGCAAGUUUGGCAUGGUGCUCCUGAAGAAGACACUACAGGUGGAAGAGCGCUACCCCUACCCGGUCAGGCUAGAGGCCAUGUAUGAGGUCAUCGACCAAGGCCCCAUCCGCAAGAUAGAGAAGAUCAGGCAGAAGGGUUUUGUCCAAAAGUGUAAGGCUUCUGGGGUAGAGGGCCAGGUUGUAGAGGAGGGGAACAAUGGUGGAGAAGCAGGAAGGCCAAGCCUGGGUAGUGAGAAGAAGAAAGAGGACCAGAGGAAAGCACAAGUCCCCCCAACCAGAGAGACUCGGGUAAAGGUAAUGAGAAAGCUGGCUACCACCAAGGCAGCAGCUCCCCCGCCUCCCCCAACCCCAAGGGCCACCACUCUCCCUCCUGCUCCAGCCACAACGGCCUCCCGGGCCGUAACCCGGGUGGUAACAGUAGCUGCAAGACCUACGACUACCACCACCUUUCCAACUACCCAGAGGCCCUGGACCUCGCGGGUACAACCCAUCUCAGCCUCCCACAGGCCCCCUGCUACAGCUGAGGUGACCACUGCCAGGGGAACUUCAGUCUCAGAGAAUGUCUACCCUCCACCUAGGAAGGAGCCACAGAGGGAAAGGCCACAGGCCACCAGGAAGCCCAGCAAGGCCACCAGCUUUGAAAGCUUCACAGCCGCUUCUCCAGCCACAGUCUGGGAGCCCAGCACAAGGGCUGUUGGCCAAGGCCGUUUCCGAGACAACCGCACAGACAGGAGGGAACAGGGCCAUGAGGACCCAAAUGUAGUGCCAGGUCCCCACAAACCAGCAAAGGGGAAACUUCCCAAAAAGAAGACCCAGGACAAAAUUCUUAGCAACGAAUAUGAGGAUAAGUAUGACCUCAGCCGACCUACUGCCUCUCAGUUGGAGGAGGAGCUGCAGGUGGGGAACAUACCUUUGCAAAGUGCAGAAGAGUCGAAGAAGCAUGAAAAGGUUGAGAAACCUGAGAAGGAGAAGAAAAAAAAGGUAAAGAAUGAGAAAGCAGACAAGUUACUCAAGAGUGAAAAGCAAAUGAAGAAGGCUGAGAAAAAGAACAAGCAGGAGAAAGAGAGGAGUAAGAAGAAAAAAGCAGGCAAAGCAGAGCAGGAUGGCUAUCAGAAGCCCACCACAAAACAACUCCCUCCAAGUCCCAAGAAGUCAGUGACUGACCUGCUGGGAUCCUUUGAAGGCAAACGAAGGCUCCUUUUGAUCACCGCUCCCAAGUCUGAGAAUAAUAUGUAUGUGCAACAGCGUGAUGAGUAUCUGGAAAGUUUCUGCAAGAUGGCUACCAGGAAAAUCUCUGUGAUCACAAUCUUCGGCCCUGCCAACAACAGCACCAUGAAAAUCGACCACUUCCAGCUAGAUAAUGAGAAACCUAUGCGCGUGGUAGAUGAUGAAGACUUGGUAGACCAGCAUCUCAUCAGCGAGCUGAGAAAAGAGUAUGGAAUGACCUACAAUGAGUUCUUCAUGGUGCUGACAGAUGUAGAUCUGAGAGUCAAGCAAUAUUAUGAGGUGCCCAUAGCAAUGAAGUCUGUGUUUGAUCUGAUCGAUACUUUCCAGUCCCGAAUCAAAGAUAUGGAGAAGCAGAAGAAGGAGGGCAUUGUGUGCAAGGAGGAUAAGAAGCAGUCCCUGGAGAACUUCCUAUCCAGGUUCCGAUGGAGGAGGCGGUUGCUGGUGAUCUCUGCUCCUAAUGAUGAAGACUGGGCUUAUUCACAGCAGCUCUCCGCACUCAGUGGUCAGGCAUGCAAUUUUGGUCUGCGCCAUAUAACUGUAUUGAAGCUUUUGGGUGUUGGAGAGGAAAUUGGGGGAGUUUUAGAACUGUUCCCAAUUAAUGGGAGCUCUACUGUGGAGCGAGAAGACAUACCAGCCCAUUUGGUGAAAGACAUACGUAACUAUUUUCAAGUGAGCCCAGAGUACUUCUCUAUGCUUCUAGUCGGAAAAGAUGGAAAUGUCAAGUCCUGGUAUCCUUCUCCUAUGUGGUCUAUGGUGAUUGUGUAUGAUUUAAUUGAUUCGAUGCAACUUCGGAGACAAGAAAUGGCCAUUCAGCAGUCACUGGGGAUGCGCUGUCCAGAAGAUGAGUAUGCAGGCUAUGGUUACCAUAGUUACCAUCAGGGAUACCAGGAUGGUUAUCAGGAUGACUACCGCCAUCAUGAAAGUUACCACCAUGGAUACCCUUACUGAAGAGGAAUCUGUAACCUUAGCCCCAGCCAUUUUCCCUGCAACUGCUAAAGCCACAUGUGGCCAACUACAUAAGGGAGUUCCAUGCUGUCCACAUUCCCUUUUUUUUCAGUGUUCUUCCAAGAUCAAAUAAAUAGCAAACUUUCCCCUA